UUUUACCCCCGGGAGACAACUCAUGUUUGUAGAAGUGGUCAGCCCAUUUAUUCCUCUUGGGGACAACAAAACAGGACAAAGACUUCACAAGAUGGCGUCCAGGUUUCAGAUUUAUACUUAAAAAAUUGAAAACAUUUGAUUCAAAUAACAAUUGUAAUAAUUUCGUUCUUUGUGAACAAACACAGAUUAUGUCAAUGGAUAUUUUUGUACAAGAUUUUUUCCACAUCUAAAGGCAAUGAAUAGGGAAUGGUGUUUUAAAUUCAUCAUUUAUAAGGAGGAUUAUUUGAACAUUUAUUAUUGUUGAAUAACAAACAUGAAAUACAAAAUACUGCUAUUAAAAGUAUGUUAAGCUUGCAUAAUGAUAAUUGGUAAAAUUUAAUGGUUUGACAUUGAUAUAUUUCAAUGAGUUAAAUGAAUGUUGUACAUUUAAUGGUUUGAGAUUGAUAUAUUUCAAUGAGUUAAAUGAAUGUUGUACAUUUAAUGGUUUGAGAUUGAUAUAUUUCAAUGAGUUAAAUGAAUGUUGUACUAAAUGUCGUCAUCGACUUAAUGGAUGUCCAUCCAUAUCUCAACAAGGUGACCUCAUCUUAUAAAUGGAAACCAAAACUUCCCCAGAACAGUGCCCUAUUAGGUCAUCGAGGUCAUGGCAUACUCACAUAUUUGAAGUGUUGCCUGGGGCAAGUGACACAACACAUGGUGCCUGUCCGUCACUACAAGUUCGCGUAUCCUAUACCUGAAAAACUAGAUGUAAGUUUUUAACAGCAAUAUCUUGUCUGAUGUUAUCUUAUGUACCACUUUGAUAAAUUAGAAGUGAGUUUUUACAGCAAUAUCAUCUUGUCUGAUGUUAGCUUAUGGAACAAUAUGAUACCAAAAUAACAUAAUAUUGCCUAUUUUCUUACCACAGCCCUUACACUUUAAAAAACAAAUUACAGAAAAGAGAAUGAUUCUUUUUUUAAAGUAUUUCAUACAUUUUUAGAGUUGGAUAUUGUUUUCACCAGACAGAUCUUAGUCUUAAACUUAUUUUAAUUUAAAUUUCAAAAUUUUUUAACUGAUAUUUAUAUUAAACAGUAAAUCAAAUUAAUGGUAGCAUACCCAAUGUGUCAAACAUAUUAUUGGUAAAUGACCCAUUGUGUCAAACAUAUUAGUGUAAAAUGACCCAAUUUGUCCAAAAAUGAAUGAUGAGCAGUUCAAUUAUGAUUAGAAUUUAAAAUAUUGGAACACAAAUUUGUCUAUCUGAUAUUUUUUAUCCACAAUAGAAAAAAAUGUCUUGUUUAUUUAAACUUACAAUAAACAUAAUUAGUUAGAAACUAUUGCUUAUGGCUGCAGCCAUGGGUUUUCCCCGUAGAGCAGCUUGGGACUACAUUCACCAGCUACCUCAGUGAUCAAAAUGUGGAGACAAUUAGAAUAUUGGCACAAGCUGAAUUUAACUUUUAUUGCCGUAUGCGCUUCUUCGACAAAACAGUUCAGGAACUUCUCAAGGAAAACAAAUCAACUAGAAGUAAGUAUGAUGGCUAAGGAAAGCUAUGUGAUUUAUUUGUAUGGUAUCAGUAAUGUUUAUAAAAUCCUUCACGUAAUUCUACCCUGGUUUGUUUCUUACCUUUUGGGGGCAUUUAAAUGUGAGAAAAUAAUAGAAGAGUAUAGACCCAGUGAUUAGGUCCAUUGAAUAGGCCAUUUGAUGCAGCCGUGAGAACGCUGCCUCUAGGCAACCGUUUCGUCCCAGCUACAGCGUGAACUAGUCGCGUUGUGGAAGCCCACUGUGGAAUCCCUCUUAUAGGGCGUCCGACGCUUUCCCGGGAUGGGUGGGGGAAGAUAUUAGGACGUAAAUUUUUCCAUCUCAACUCCUGAGAAAGUCGAUCGAGUGCACUGUUUAAACGCAUAGUGUCGGAUCGACCGGGUGCCUCCCCGUUGGGGCGGCCCCCAGGCGGGGUCCUGGUCGAGCGUCCAAGCGCCCAGGCGGGGACUUGUGUGAGGGGCCCGUGUGGGGGCCGUCCUGAAGAGUGGGCAUCUCCAAUGUGCCACUCCGCUGGUGCCAUUUCUUAAUGUAACAUUUCAAUAGACCAUUUGAAAAGACCCAUUAAAUGGGCCCAUUGAGUAGACCCGUUGAAUAUUCCAAUAGGCGAGACAAGUGAAUUGUCCAAAUGAAUAGACCAAUAAAUAGAAUAAUUGAAUAGACCCAUUAAACAAAGCCAUUGAAAGGGCCCAUUAAACAAACCCAUGGAAUACACUCAUUAAACAAAGCCAUUGAAAAGGUCCAUUAAACAAACCCAUGGAAUACACUCAUUAAACAAAGCCAUUGAAAAGACUCAUUAAACAAAGCCAUGGAAUACACUCAUUAAACAAAGCCAUUGAAAAGACCCAUUUAACAAACCUAUUGAAUAGACUCGCUCAAGUAUUUUCGUCAAUAAAAUAUUUGACAAAUAAAUAAAUUAUUAAAAUAAAAAAAUAAUGAAGCUGAAACCUUGCCCCAGAAUUAAUUCUGUAAUUGCAGCAAUAGCAGUUUUUAAGCGAGAUCAGGAAGAGGUAAUGUUUAAAUGUUCAUUCAAAUGAUCUUUGAGAUAAAAAUAAGAUCUUUUAGCCUUAUAAAAGUUCAUCAACAUAACCAAAUUGAAUUUAAUGACAUCCCUUCAAGGAAGUCAAAGGCUCGCAAAACGUUAUUCUUAACAAGUGAAUUAACAAAUGGGGCAUUAAAUUUAAUGAAACCAAAUGCUUCACAAUGAGCAUGUCAAGAGAAAAAAAAACAUCAACCUAUAUGUACUAACUAAACGAGACAAUUCUCCAACACGUAUAAAAAAAUCCAUACCUUGGAAUUCUCUUCUCAAAUAACAUAAAAUGGUCCCCCCCCCCCAUAUAAAUAAAAUUUAAAAAAAAGCCACCUCCACACUUGGUUUCAUUCGAAGAAAUCUGCGCCACCGCCCAACUUCCUGCAAACGAAACGUACCCGGGUACCAGAAGUGAGAGGUUGCGAUUGACAUCCGAAUAGCAUUGGUCUAAUGGGACCCGGGUGCGAAUUGCGGUGCUGCGUGUCCGGGACCAUUUAGAAUAAAUGCUAUUCGGAUGUCGGUAGUUUAUUUUAGUUAAAUUGAAGAAGUAAUUUUAAAACCAUAUAGUUCAUUCAAUUAUCUUUCAUUUGAUACCUCAUUUUGUCUUGCAAACCCAACAAUAAUAUUUUGAAUAGUUUUUUAAUCCCAAUCUCUCACUUCUGGUAUCCGGGUACGAAUAGGCGCAGCCCAAACGAAAUGCCUUUCUUGCACACGUCCGUUCACUGCUAGAAUAUGGUGCGAUCAUCUGGGACCCACACUUAAAACAAGACGUGGACAAGAUGGAGUGAAUCCAACGUAACGCGGUGCGUUUUAUCGCACGGGACUACAAGUCCACCACUUCCUGCUUUGUCACUGGCCUCUUAAAAAGAUUUGACAUCCCUCCCUUAACGACAGACGAGAGGGACUCCGCCUGAUAUUCUUAUAUAAAGUGGUCAUGGGACUGGUGCCGGCCAUCCCAGCAGGCACAUACCUUACCCCACAGAAGCCGGGUCGACUGAUCAGAGCAAAACGCUCACUGAACACUGAUUUCACCACUGACAACCUCAUAAACAAUUACAACCGAAGUAACAGCAAGUGCUUCAUCGUGCCUCGGUGCAACACAAUGCAGUAUAAACAAUCAUUAUUCCUACGCACAAUAAUUGCUUGGAACCACCUGGACAAUGCUGCUGGGGACUCGACGUCAGUCGAAAGCUUCUAGGCUGCCCUGGCGUCUGUUAGGAGCUGUUAGAAUAGCAACAUCGCUCCCCAACCGUUGUACAAAUGCCAGUAUAUGGAUGCAGCAACGAACACUACCAGAACCAGAAUUGUGUGGUGGUCUGACUUAUGUUUUGACUUUGAAAGGUAUCUAUUGUAUGUGAUAUCCUCUUGUCACUCGAUCUAGGGCAGGGGUCUCAAACUCACAGCCCGCGGCCAUUUGUGGCCCGCAAGACGAUAUUUUGCGGCCCGCUACAUGAGAGCAAAGUUUAGUGUUAGUACAGCCCGCGUGCUUUCCCCAUUCUCAUAUUUAUAAUGUGACACUCCGCGACAAUUUUAUUCGAAUCUCACCGACUAGUGUAAUUCUGAUUUUUAUUAAGUUUGUAUAGAUUUGGACGUUGAUUAUAAUGAUGGCAAAAGUGCGCUUUUGAAAAAUAUAUCAAAGUCAGUUAGUGGGUAAUGCUCAAACAUAAUUGUGUAGAUCGUAGCAAUCUGACACAGUAUUAAAAAAUCCCUAUUAAAAUUGCCGAUGGUGUUGACGAGUGACGGAAAUUCCGAGCCUGUCAGCUUUCAGGGAGAAGGAUGAGCUUUUUUUUCCUGUACUAUUUGAUCCAAAAUGACUCAUGGACUUGGCUUUUCUUGUUGACAUUACACAGGAGAAGAAUGUACUCAACAAGAAGGUAUCAGACCAGGGGUGGCUUGUAAGUGGUACCUAUGAUUAAUGUCUGGGCAUUCUGCAUAAAAAUUGUGUUAUUGUUCUUAGAAAAACCUCUGCAAUAUCACAACAUGCACAUUACCCAUGGAGUCGGGCGCACAAUUUAGUAGAGAGUAUUUAGAUGCCAUUGCAAAGCUACAGGGAGAAAUUGAUCAUAUGUUUAAAGACUUCAAAACACACAGAACAACUUUUCAACUUUUGGCUGACCCUUUCUCCUUGAAUGUGGAAGAUACCCCAAACCCCAUUCCAUUUUUUGCGCUUCAACUAGAGCUGAUUGACCUUUAGUCCCAUUAUAAGUUCAGGGAGUUAAAUGGAAAAUCAUACAGGCAUGGGCAAUUUAUGAGAAAAGCGCCCUCCACCUUCCCUGCAAUUUCCAAGUUGUUCAAGCGGAUCAGAUGCCUUUUUCUGGAGUAGCUAUCUGUUUUCCCCUUUGAACUUUGACAAGUCAACAUUCAAGGCCAAAGUUAUUCAUGAGCGUCUUCAAGCUACACUGAGGGUCUAAUUUGCCUCCUCACUCAAUCCAAAUUUUGCUCAGCUGUUUAAGAAGAAGCUCUACCAGGUCUCUAGCAGAAAGGAGUAGGAGGAAGAAAGUGACGUUAAGCCUAGUUCUUGAGAACCCUUAAUGUUUUUAUUUGUUAUUAAUAAAGGUUGGGCAGGUUGCAAUAGUUGUACUUUGAGGAAUUUGUAAUCGCUUCUUUGUGGAAUAAUUGAUGCCGUCCAGUCUCACUCAAAUUUAACCCCUGCGGCCCCCGGAUGAUUUGAGUUUGAGACCCCUGGUCUAGGGGAUUAAUUUAAUUAAGCCAAAUUACCACACAAACAUAAUAACCUAUCUAUACAUAUAUACCAGGGGUAUCAAAUUCAAAUCAUCCGGGGGCCGCAGGAAGCAUAGUCGGAGUGAGAAUGGGUCGCAUCAAGUAUUCCAUACAAAAAAAAAAAAAAAAAUUAUCUUAAAUUUUCCUCCCCACAACUUAAAAGCUCGCUCUCUGGUUCUUAAAAACCGCUCAAUUCUUUUGGCGGACCCUGUCACAAAUGAUAUUUUUAGAAAACCUCCUCUUUUCGCUUUCAGGCGGGACAAGAGCCUUAGGGACAUGCUAGUUAGAAGCCACCUCCCUGCUAUUAAAGCACAUAAAGGCACAAAAAGUUGCAACCGUAGCCAUUGUAACUCAUGUCCCUACGUGAUCGAAACUGAUACGAUCACUUUCCCUCUGAGAGUAUUCAGAAUAAAAAAUGGCUUUACCUGCACACGUCGCAACGGGAUUUACACCAUUAUUUGCAAAAAGUGCGGUAAACUAUACAUAGGAGAGACAGGUCGUCGCCUUGGGGACCGAUUCAGAGAGCACCUCUAUAACAUAAAUAAACACGCUCUCUGUCCGGUCUCCAAACAUUUCAAUAGCCCUAACCAUUAUGGUAUCUCAGAUAUUGUAGUUACUGGUAUACUCUAUACUAGUAACACUGUAGAUAGAAUUUAUAUGGAGAACAAAUUAAUAACUAGAUUUGGUACGUUGUCUCCAUAUGGAUUGAACCAAAUCCAUAGUUUUACUUAGCUGCCAUGUCUUUUUCCUGUUUUGUUUUUCCAAUUAUGUUAAAAUCACUUCCUUUCUACUUCUCUUUACUUUGUUUCUGUCUGGUUUAAGCGCCCUCUCCUAUAUUUUUUUGUUUUGUUUUAGGUAGGAUAUGUAUAUUGAUAUUAUGUAAAUUUAAUUUAUACUUAUUUAAAUGUGUUUUGUUUGUUUGUACUGAUGAAGGCAUGUGCCGAAACGUUUAAUUGUGUAUAAUGUAUAAUUAUUAUUAAAGUUAACUCAUAUUGUUCUAUUGACACAAUUUGUUCGUGUCUUAUUAUUCCAUUCGUAAACAUUAGCGGCAAAUUUAAUGGGGAUUCUUUUAUACUGCGUCAGCUCGAUUUUCAUAAUUAAGGAUGUGCAUUGCCCACUAACUGACUUUUUUAAAAUUUUGAAAUAUGUAUGUAAAAUAUUCUAAGCGUGUUUUCUCAAAACCGCACUAUGGCCAUGUUUGUUGCAUACAUUGCUACAUACUACAAAUUCAACACUUUUAGACAGAUUUUAACACUGGUUUUACUAUUAUAAUCAACGUCCAAAUCUAUACAAACAUAAUAAAUAUCAGAAUUAGACUAGUCAGUGAGGUUCACCUGAAACCGUCGCGGAGGGUCACAUUAUAGAUAUCUGAAUGGGGAAACAACGCGGGCCACAUUAACACUAAAUUUGCUGUCAUGUCCCGGGACGCAAAAUAUCGUCUUGCGGACGCAAGUUUGAGACCCCUGAUAUAGACUGAAACGAAGUCUUUGUCAAAGGGGCAAAUAACUGCAAGUAUUUAUUCACGACGGGUAUUUACAUUAACUUUGUAGUUCACACCUUUGUUAAAGAAUAUAUACAAAAUGGAAUUUAGCAAAAUUUUGAAUGUAAGUUAUUUGAUAAUUAAUGUCCAUAAAAUGCUGAUAAUAUCAUCAUUAUAAAUGGUAUAUUUGCUCAAGGUCAUAUGUUCAAGCGAAGUGGACUUAGCCUUAGAAAAUUUCUCAGUUGAUCUCGACGGAUCAGUAAGUUUUGGAGUUUCUUCCGUUCCAGAAGUGAGUCCUCCGUUCCUGUCUUCGGGGCUUUUCAAAGCGAAGCGAAGUAGGCGUUCCUGGUCGUAGACGGCGUCAACUUCUUGUUGUUCCAAGAGUUUCGUGUAAUCUUUGUAGUGGGGGAGUAGACUCUCCAGUGAUAAAUCGUGGGUGGUAAGAGUCCCUGAAUCUCGCGGUCCUUGUCGUAGCCGUAGGCUAUUAGGCGUGAGACAUGACAAACGAUCCCCUAGUUCCAGCUUCAAGGUGCGUGGGUUCCGAAAGAAUACAACCAGGUAGUAUUCUUGGUUGCAGCUACUGAUUACGCUAAUAAAGUGAUAAGUAUAGUAGGCUAUAGCUUUCAAAACCAAGUGGAAGAAUCAUAAAAGGACACAUUCUAAUCUGUUUAAGCUUUUUAUUGAAGUUCGGGAACAAAUUUUAAUUGGUUGAAUUAAAAUGUGUUUAUUUUCCCAUCCAAUGACAAUCAGUCUAAAACCAAGUGGAAGAAUCAUAAAAGGACACAUUCUAAUCUGUUUAAGCUUUUUAUUGAAGUUCGGGAACAAAUUUUAAUUGGUUGAAUUAAAAUGUGUUUAUUUUCCCAUCCAAUGACAAUCAGUCUAAUAUUACGGAAUCGACCUUCCACCUAGAAAAAUUAUAGGAGAGUUAGGUGGGUGAAUACAAAAUCACGAUUUUGCUUGAGCUGUCGCAUGUCCAAUAACAAGGGAGAUGAUUCGGAUUAUCACAAUUGGGAGAGAGGGGUAUUAUUUUACAAGGGUGAGUCUACCGUUAAAGAAUUUUUCAAUGUCUUGUCUCAAACAAUCACAAAUAGCAGACAAUAAAAAACUUCUUCUAGCUAGGCCUACUAUUAUUUAGUUAAGUUCUUUUUUUUUUUUAAUUUUUUUCAGAAUUAACAGAAUUAACAGAAGACCAACUAUUUGGUUUACCUCUGGAUCUUCUCAUGAAAAAAGACACCUCGUUUAAGAAUAAUGGACCACAUCUUACAAUUCCUUCUCUGUUAAGCUUGGUACGUUUUUGUGUUAUGUUAAUUUACAUUAAUUUAGAUUCAAAGUUAAUUUUUUGAUGACUUGAUAGUGGAGCUUUUAAAUAUCAGUUUAUUUAUUUCAUUAGCCGUGAUUGGUUUGGUUUAAAUUUUAAAAAAAAACAUAAUAAAAAAAAACACCACAAAUCCGGUCAUAACUGGAACGUUGAAAUAAUGGACGAAUUAUUUGACAAAUUUUCAUUUUAUUUUUUUAUCAACACAAAAGUAGUUUUUAAAUAAAUGAUAUCUGUUAUAUAUAGAACAUUUUAAAAUAUGCAAAAUCUCAUUUCAUGCAUUCUAGCUGCUUCAAUUUAUCCAUAAGAAUGGCCAAACUACCCAAGGCAUAUUCAAAGCUCCAGAAAGCAGUACCAAGGUCAAGGUAGGAUUUGGUAUUUUAAAUUAA